AUGUCGACAGAAGAGAAAGCAAAGGCUAAAUUCGAUGAUUUUGAGUUUGACGAUCGUCUCCUGCAGGUAGGACUCUAUAUUUUUUUAUUUUUAUUAUUAUCCUAGGCGAUACGAGAUCAACAAUGGAAGAAUCCCACUCAAAUCCAAGAAACAUUGAUCCCAAUGGCGUUGGAAGGGAAGAACAUCAUGGCUAGAGCUCGAACUGGAAGUGGAAAAUCAGCGGCAUUCUUGUUGCCAAUUAUUCAGAGAGUUUUGGCUUCAUCAGACAGAAAUGUAGGGAUCUGUUGCAAUUUUUAAUUGGUUUUUAGGGUGAUGAAGGAGAAUUGACUGCGGUGAUUAUUGUUCCAACUAAAGAACUGUCUACUCAAUUGUAUAAACUUCACGCCACUUUAACAUCGCGAUUUCCUUUCCUUGAAUCCGUCAAUUUAUCCGAGAAUGAGAGUGCUGGAGAGGACGUUCUUCUUCAAGCGAAUGUGGACUUCUUGUUUGGAACUCCUGGACGGAUUUUGGAUGUGUUGAAGAAGAAGGCCGACUUGUUAAAGAAGGUCCGGACUGUUGUUUUGGACGAAGCGGAUUUGUUGUUCAGUUAUGGAUAUAAAGAAGAGUUGGUGUAAGUCUCGUCAUGAAUAAUAUAAAAUCUUUGUAAAAUCUGUUUCAGCGAGAUCAAAAAGUUCCUUCCUAAGAAAUUCCAAGUGAUUAUGACUUCAGCCACAUUAGAAGAAGACAUGACUGACAUCAAAAAGUUAUUUGUAACUGGCACUUUGGCCUCGGUUAUGCUGAAAGAAGGAAAUCUCCCUGGAACCGAUCAACUUACACAAUAUUCCAUCUUCUGCCACAAUGACGAACAGCGAUUUACGAUCCUGGUAUCGUUGAUCAAGUUGAAAUUAUUGGCAGGGAAAGCGAUUUUCUUUGUCUCUUCGAUUGAUCGGUGUUAUAAGUAAGUUAAUAUCAAUUUUUAUGGACUUUUUAGAUUGCAUUUGUUUCUGCAAGGUUUCAAGAUUAGAUCCUGCGUUCUGAACUCUCAAAUGCCAGCGAAUUCGAGGUCCCAUGUUAUAAAUGAAUUCAAUGAAGGCAAAUUCCAAUAUAUUAUAGCAUCCGAAAUCAAAGAUGUUGGAGAAGAUCAAGGAGAGCAGAAGAAGAAAAAGAAACAACGCAUCAAGCACGACAAAGAGUCGGGAGUCUCCAGAGGAAUUGACUUCCAUUUCGUCUCAAAUGUGAUCAACUUUGAUUUCCCACCAACUCUGGAUCAUUAUAUUCAUCGAGUUGGAAGGUAAGGGCUUAAAAAUAUUAUUCAUUCUGUAUUUUAGGACGGCCAGAGGCUUCAACAAAGGAACUGCCAUCUCGUUUGUCACAGAAAGUGAGAAAAAAAUCUUUAAUGAAGUCAAAGAAGAGAUAAAUGAACAAGGUAAAAAUGCUGUCCUAAUAUUUUUUUAUAUCAUUUUUAGUUGGAGAAGAGGUGAUCCAGCCGUAUGAGGUGAGAAUGGAAGACUUUGACAGUUUCCUGAUUAGAUCUAGGGUAAGUUUUUAUCCAGUGUAAUGUAUAUUAUUUUGUGUUUAGGAGGUUCUAAGCGCAAUUACGAAGACUGUGAUAAGAGAGGCGCGUCUGGAUGAAAUUAAGAAGGAACUGCUUGCCUCAAAACGUCUUGAGGCAUACUUUUCGAAGAAUCCAAGAGAGAAAUCAGUCCUGGAAAAUGAUCGUAAAAUGUUUGUCCUGAAUUUACAUUCAACUGGAAUCGCUGAUGUUGCCGAUUACAUGGUCCCUAAAGCUCUGAAAGGCCGUGAUUUCUCAGAACCAAACUUUGAACGACCAGUCAGAAGGAAGAGGAAAAUGCCUCAGGGGAAACACGCCAAGAACUUCCAAAAACGAGCAAAAGAUCCUCUAAAAAGCUUCAAAAUUUAA